AUGAAACUCCGCACAUAUCAUCUUCAUCAUUUCCGUCUUUUUAGCUUCCCUUUACUAACCUUCCUCUUCCUUAAUGUCUCACUCGCUAACUUUCAUUGCAUUCCUUUUAUUGUUUUAAGUGCGUCUAUUUUGGCUUCCUAUUGGGCUGCUACCACAACUCUUAUCAUAUAUUCGUAUAUAUACACACUCACAACACACUCCUCUAUCAUUAUUAUUAUAACCAUAGCUAAUUUCAAUAAAACAAACAAAACAAAUAUAAUUAGAAACUUUAAAAAUAGUUCUUAUUUUUCUCACCCUGUUAUCCCAUUACUUUACACCCAUAGUCCUCUAUUAUGCAUAUUAUAA